AUGACCCCUCCCCUCCGUGGAUCAUCCCUCUCCAAAGACCUUCGCGCUCUAAUUGACGAUCCCAAGUAUAGCGACGUCAAAAUUGAAUGUUCUGAUGGCGUACUACUUCAUGGAUGCCGUGCAAUUCUUGCUGCUCGUUCCGACAUGCUUGAGAGUCUACUGUACAAUCAAAUGCGCGAAUCGCAUGAAGAUACAAUUCGAUUUCCAGACCAUGAUUCCAAAACCGUAAGGGUCCUCCUAGAAUACGUCUACACCGGCGAAUUCGGCGAUGUUGAGGGAUCGCUAAUGGAUUUAAUUGAUGCAUUCUCUGCAGCCGAAUACUUUCUGUUGCCAGAAUUGCAAACACUUAUUCUGGCAAAACUUUCUAAUAUGACGACCGAUGAUCCUUCGAAUUCAUCCCCCGAACUAUUGUCCAUGGCUAUAGAUAAGAUAUCUCCAACCGCGAAAAAUCACCCAUUUAUAGAUUUGCUAGUUGAAGGUGUGGCCGAGGUCCCGCUGGAGACAAUUUCUCACGACAAAUUGUCAACAAGAGCACUCGAAUACCUACUUAGAUAUUGUUGGGACAAUAAUAUUUCGCUUGUAAAACAUGAAUAUGAUUUGUUCAAAUUUGUUGUCCUGCAUGCCGCCAGCAAAGUAUCCCCAGAAGCUUUAGAUAGAUUUCAAACAUGCUUACCACCACUGGAGGAAAUUAAAAAUAAUUCUGUUUACAGUGAGCAUAUAGAAGAUUUAUCAUCAUAUCGACUAAGUGUAACGAAGGAAUUAGGUAACAUGUUGAAUUACGUUAAUCUUAAGGUGAUUAGCGGGAAGGUGUUGGCGGAUGUCAUUGAACCGUUGGAGGUUGUAUCACCCAGGCGUCUCCUUGAUGCAUACAGACACAAGGCAAUGAGUGAGACGUAUAACGAACGAGCACGCGUCUCGCAAUCCAUCGAAACCGGGUUACACGAAUGGGACAUCUUCAUCGAGGUCCCCAGUUCAUCCGAUUGGGUUGGAAUAUGUGGAGAGGGAUCGGUUAUCGAUUUUAAUCACGAAGAUUAUAAUUCGAAAGUAUGGAUCCUGGGGUCAACGGGUCACGUGAGCAAUAAAGCUCAGCAAAGACCUUAUUGCCCGCAGUUUAUGCGGAACACCAAGGUUACUGUGCAUUUAAAUAUGAACGACCGAACUGUCGGAUUCUCGGUUAAUGAUGCAUCGUAUGGGCCUGUAACGGAAUGGAGGAACCUGCCUUCAAAGGUGUACCCACUGAUUUCGAUGAGGAACGGCGGAAAGUUUAGAAUUCAGAGGCGAAGUUGA